AUGGCGGUCGCCUUGUCCGAGCUCCUCCGUCCUCUCGGGCUCCCUCGCCGCCGCCGGAGAAUCUCCCCGCCGCCGUGUUCCGCCCGCGGAGCCCUUCACUCCUGCGCCGGCGCCGGUGGGAAGCGCAACCUUAGGAGAGGAGAUCGCUCUGGUUUUAGGGUUUCUCUGCGGACCAGAGCAUCGCCGCCGUCGCCGACGCCGGUUUCCCCCGAUCUGAAGGAGACUCGCUUCGGGAGGGUGCUCAGCCGGUCCUGCAAGGCAGGCAAGUACGACGAGGCGCUCUACUUCCUGGAAUACCUGGUGAGCAGGGGCGGCAAGCCUGAGGUGGUCCUCUGCACGAAGCUCAUCAAGGGCUUCUUCAACCUCCGCAACGUCGGCAAGGCGGUGCGGGUGAUGAGCCUCCUGGAGGCUCACGGGGAGCCCGACGUCUACUCCUACAACGCGCUCAUCAGCGGAUUCUGCAAGGCGGACCUCAUCGACUCCGCCGUCGAGGCCCUCGACCGGAUGCGGCGGCGCCGCCUCUCGCCGGACGUCGUCACGUACAACAUCAUCAUCGGCAGCCUCUGCAGCAAGGGGAAGCUCGACCUCGCCCGCGAGGUCCUCUUGCGGCUCCGGGAGGAGGACGAGGAGGAGGGGGAGGAGGAGGACGACCACCACCACCACCGCCGUCGCCGCCCGACGGUGGUCACCUACACCAUCCUCAUCGAGGCGACGAUCAGGGAGGCCGGCGUUGACCCCGCCAUGGAGCUCCUCGAGGAGAUGGCCGCCGAGGGGCUGAAGCCAGACGGCCACACCUAUAAUGUGAUCAUCCGGGGGAUCUGCAAGGAAGGGCUAGUCGACAGAGCUCGAGACUUCGUGCGCAGUCUCCCCGAUCGGGGCUUCGAGCCCGAUGCCGUCUCCUACAACAUCCUGCUCAGGGGGAUGCUGAACCAGAAGCGGUGGGGCAACGCAGAGGAGCUGCUGAGGGAGAUGACGAUCUCCAGGGGCCUGAAGCCGAAUGUGGUCACCUACAGCAUCCUCAUCAACGCUCUCUGCCAGGAGGGCAUGGCCGACCGAGCUCUCGAGGCUCUGAAGGAGAUGAUGCGACAAGGCCUGAAACCGGACACCUACAGCUACGACCCACUGAUCGCUGCCUUCUGCAGGGAAGGGAGGCUGAGCGCCGCCAUUGAUUUCAUGGAGUUCAUGGUGGCCAACGGCUGCCUCCCGGACAUCAUCAACUUCAACACCGUCCUGUCGGCGCUCUGCAAGAAGGGGAGUCCGGACCAGGCGGCGGCGAUCUUGGAGAAGCUCAGGGAGACGGGUUGCUGCUCCCCCAACGCGAGCUCCUACAACGUCGUCAUCGGCGGCCUCUGGAGCGGCGGCGACAGAGCGGGGGCCCUUGCCAUGGUGACGGGGAUGAUGGAGAACGGGGUGGAGCCCGACGAGGUCACCUUCAAUGUCCUCAUCUCCUGCCUGUGCAGGGACGGGAUGGCGGAGGAGGCGGCGGGGUUCAUGAGGGAGAUGAAGAACAGCGGCGGCUUCAAGCCCACCUCCAUCACCUACAACACCGUGCUGUUAGGGUUCUGCAAGGCGCACAGGAUCGACAUGGCGAUCGACAUUUUUGCAGAGAUGGUGGAGGCGGGUUGCCGGCCGAACGAGUCCACCUACGUGAUUCUGGUCGAGGGCAUCGCCUACGCCGGCCGGAGAGCGGAAGCCAUGGAGUUGGCGAGCGAGCUCGCUGCCAGGAAGGUCAUUACAGAUGAAUCCCUCAAGCGAUUUAGCAGGACCAUCCAUGGCGGGCAGGCGGCGGCGGCUGCGGUUCCUCCUCCUCCUCCUCUGGGUGAUGGGAAGUAG